AUGGGAAAACGGACUCGCUGUGUUGGACCAAGAAAGGAAGGUGGAACAUUUGUAAAACAUGGAUUCUGCGGUGCCCUUGGCUCCAAAAAAUACAGAACUGACAACAUUUGUGACUUGACAUUGAAUAUUCAGCAGCUGGAAGGAAAAAGAAAAAUCCCCAAACAGAUGUUUCACUUCUCAUUUACUCUUGUGUUCUUGGCCACCAAACAACUUGCAAAUGGAGAAAGAGGCUUCGAGAACGUGGAGUUGGGUGUCAUAGGAAAGAAGAAAAAAAUUCCGAGGAGGGUUAUUCACUUUGCAAGUGGAGAGACAAUGGAAGAAUACAGCACAGAUGAAGAGGAAGAUGAACAAGAGAAAAAAGACCUCUUGCCUCCUGUAGAUCCUACGACGCUUACAUGGGGACCUUACUUAUGGUUUCACAUGCUAAGAGUUGCUACAUCAACCUUAUCAGUUUGUGAUUUCCUUGGGGAAAAGAUCGCAUCUGUUUUAGGAAUAAGUACACCAAAAUACCAGUAUGCUAUUGAUGAGUAUUACAGAAUGAAAAAAGAGGAGGAAGAGGAGGAGCAGGAAAACAAAAUGUCAGAGGAAGCAGAAAGACAGCAUCGGGAGCAGCAGAACAAGGCUCAGGCUGAAGCUCCUGUCCAGACAGACCAGCCUGAGGCAACAUCAUGUAGUUCAUUUGUGAAUUUAAACUUUGAGGCUGAGGGAGACUGCCAGCCUGUGGUGGCAGAUAAGCAGGAUGGGGUUACUGUCCCUCCUUAAGCAUAAAGCUCCACAUCAUACUAGAAAUAGGAAGUGUCAGGUGUCACAAUGUGGCUGUAAGAAGCAGGAAAAAUAGAUUUAUACUUGUUCAGUAAAAUACAAUUUUUGGCAUUCUUAUUGAUCAGGAGAGAGCCAGGUGCUGUGUGUUCAGUCCACCUGCCUAAUAAAGGCUGAGCCAUUCUGCCAAAUUGGCACUUCUGUUGAAAACAAAAUCAUUGCACUACUCGGAUUAGGUCUAAAUUGAAUGGGGCAG